AUGGAUUAUAGUGAUAGAGUUAACAGUAAGAAGGGUGCAGGUGCUCUUGCUGAUCAUCAUGAAGCCAAUGUACAUAAACGACAAAGAGUUAAGGAACUUUUAACUUCAACUAUUCUUAAUCUUGAUAAUGAUCCUUAUGUAUUCAAAAAUCAUUUGGGAUUGUUAGAAUGCAAGUUAUGUUUAACUACUCAUGUUAAUGAAUCCUCAUAUAUUUCUCAUGUUGGAGGAAGAAAACAUCAAUUGAAUCUUGAAAGAAGAAGAUUGCUAGAUGAUAAGAAUAAAGUCAUCACUAAGAAAGGUGUAUCUAUCAAUAAUGUCAAUAAGAGAACAUGGAAUAAGAUAGGUAAACCACAAUUUAAGAUCGAUAAGAUAAGACAUGACAAUAAUCAAUUGGGACUUCUAUUGAAUGUAAAAUGUCCCAAAGCGUUGAAAGAACCAUUCUUUCGAUUCCAGAAUUAUUUCGAGUUAACUGCUAAGAAUCAAAAUAUCAUCAAAUCGUCUAUCGAUAAGUUCUCCCAAGAUAAAUCCCUGACGGAUGAAAGUAAUUAUCUUUACCUCAUCAUAUCAUGUGAACCUUAUGAAAACAUAUGUCUAAUAAUCCCUAAUAAGGAUAUUGACGGGAAAGUAGAUGAAAUAUCUGAAAAAUUCUGGUGGUAUUGGGAUAAUGAUUUAAAGGAAUAUUACCUUCAGUUUUUGUUUAAAUAA